AUGCCAGAGUCCAAGGUGAUCCCGCCUGCGACCUCGGCCGUCGCCAAGCCGACGGCCACCUUCACGGGCGACGUCUACAUGGAGCUCAUCAACCGCGACGACCACGCCGCCAUCGCCAACGUCACCUUCACCCCGUGCGCCCGAACCCACUGGCACACGCACGCCGGCGGCCAGAUGAUCCGCGUGCUGUCCGGCACCGGAUGGGUCUGCGACAGGGGCGGCGAGGCCCGCCGGAUCAGGGCCGGCGACACGGUCUGGGCGGCCCCGGGCACGACGCACUGGCACGGCGCCGACGACGGGAGCAUCAUGACGCACUUUGUCGUCGGCAUCGGGGAGACUACGUGGCACGAGGCCGUCACGGAGGACGAGUACAAGAAGCGGACGACGGAGUAG